UUCCGAUCACUCUGUGUGAGUGUUCUGCGUAUAUGCAAAUAUUUAAUUUGAAGGAAACUGAGUCACCUCCAACGACAUUCUUUCGUGUUACAGUUGUUGCAUUGUUGUCAGUGUAAUAUUUUUUGUUUUUUUUUGGAAAUUUAACGUUUUCGAAAUAAACAAUGCGAAACGAGACGAUCAACAGAAAAGAUCUCACCAAUAACUACAGUGCAUUAAGCAUGAGCGAAAUCAAAAACACGAUCAGGAAGGCGAGGUACGAUGGAAGGACUAAGAAAAGGAAAUGGGAAGACCGGAGGGCUGAUCAGGGAGCUGGACUGGACAUGAAACAGGCAAGGACAGAACCAUUUGAACGCGUUAAACGAAGGAAAUUUGCAGUCCUUAUGGCAUAUUCAGGAGUUAACUUUUAUGGAAUGCAAAGGAAUCCUCAAAUGCCAACAAUUGAAGAGAGCUUUUUCAAUGCUUUGCUGAAAGCUGAUUUUAUCACACAAGAUGGUUACAAUCAAGUGCAAACUGUGCAAUUCCAAAGGGCAGCCAGGACUGAUAAGGGCGUCUCUGCGGCUAGACAGAUUAUUUCUAUGAAAUUACCUGAGGCGUUUGAGAUAGAGAAGGUAAAUGAACAUUUACCAGAAACUAUUAGAGUGUUUGGUAGUAGGAGAGUUACCAAAGGGUUUAACAGUAAGGUGCAGUGCGAUGCGAGAACUUAUAUGUACAUGUUGCCGACCGUUGCAUUCGCUCCGUUUGAUGAGGAGGUGUCGCAGGAGACGUACACCUUGAGUGACGAUCGUUACGAGAAGAUCAAAGCGCUUCUAGGGAAGUUCGUUGGAACAAAGAACUUCCACAAUUACACUUCGAAGAAGAGGUAUAACGAUCCGAGCGCGUCGAGGUACAUAAUGUCGUUCACGUGUGAUCCUCCGAUAAAGAUAAACGGGGUUGAAUUUGUUGUAGUCAAGGUGAAAGGGCAAAGUUUCAUGCUGCACCAGAUCAGGAAAAUGGUCGGGAUUACUUUGGCCGUCAUCCGUGGUCACACGACGGAAGAGACGUUCGAUAAGUCUUUUUUGAAGGAAAAGGUGAACGUUCCCCGUGCUCCAGGUUUAGGUUUAGUUCUGGAAUACGUGCAUUACGAUAGGUAUAAUGCGCGUUACGGCAGUGAUCACGACAAACUUCUGUGGGAGGAAGAAAACGAAACGGUGGAGGCUUUCAAGAAGAAGUACAUUUAUCCAACUAUUGUUGAUACCGAGAUUAAGGAUAAGGCAAUGAUCGACUGGUUGACAUGCCUGAUGAUUCAUAGGUACGAUAUACCAGAUGAGACGGAGGCUAAUGAUGACGAGAGCGUCGAAAGUGGUGACGAAGUUGAAGUGCAGAAGAAAGACGAAGAUAAUAUCAGCGACAAUGACGGCAAUAAAAUUAGCGAGAACAAAUGAGGAGAUGUGUUUUUAACUCGAAUCUUACGUAUAUUUUACUUUGUACUGUAUCCAGGAACUUAGAGGUAUUUCAGCUGUGAUUCUAAAAUACUUACAUAUAUUAAAUCAAUUGUUGCUAAACGUUUAUACAGAAAACAAAAUCAAAAUACUUUUUAUUAUGAAAUGUAUUAGGAAUAAUUACAAAAUAUCUAACAUAAUGUACUU